AUGCAGUCACAGUACUCAGCACCGCAGGCUGUUCUUCACAAGGACUGCGAUCAGGCUAACAGCCGAGCUCGUCUCAGUGUGCGCCUAACUUCCCGACUCACGCUUCCCAUCACCCAACGCACACAAUCAAUAUUCUUCAAAGGCGCACAAAUUCUGCCUCAAGAAGAUCUCGCAUUCUACUGCCAUAGCAAAUACGCUGUGCAACCCCUUGACUCCAACUACAGCCGUCUCUCCACCAACGAAAUCUUCGUCCACGGGGUCGGCGUUUACAGCACCCGCUACAGUCAGCUGCUAUCCCUCAAAACGCCCAUCCGCAGCUCCUUCUCCAAAAACUUCACCAUGACCACCCGCCCCGGUAUCCCCGGCCUCCAAACCGCCAACCUGCCCGCCCUCUCCGAAGAAGCCGCCUCCGCCACCGCCUCACCAGCACGUGGCCGCGAAAUGCGCAACGACGUGCUCCAAAAGCUGCGCGUCCCGCAGUUCAUCCACGUCUGGGACUUCUGGCACGGCCGGCCCGCCGCCUCCGCAAUCGCCCUCACCAAGCUCUCCAACGAGGAAGGCAUCCGCAACAUCAAGGACAUGUGGGAGGUCUUCAACAACUUCGACCUCGCAAAGCUGCUCGACAAGGACACCAUCGCCCUCUUCCACCACGGCGUCCGGCCCGAGUGGGAGGACGCCCGCAACACCCGCGGCGGCAGCUGGACCUUCCGCGUCAAGGCCGCGCACGCCCCAGAGUUCUGGAAACAGCUCGCCGUCAUGGCCGGCGGCGAGAUUCUGCAAAACGCCGUUGCUACGCAGCGUGCCUCGUUCAAUGACGAGAUUUGUGGCAUCUCGUAUAGUCCGCGUGGCCGCCUGGUCAAGAUUGCGGUCUGGAAUAGGGACGGUGAGAAUGAGGCGGGGAUUGAGCGGUUGAAGGCUUGUGUGCUGGAGAAUAUCCCCAAGGAGCUGUUGCCGGAGGGGAAUAUGUUUGUUUAUUAUAAGAAGCAUAGCGAGGAUCCGGAGUUUCAGAAGGUGAUGGGUGGGAAGUAG